UGAGCGCUUAUGCCUGUAUGUAAUGCAGUUUACAGCCAACAAGCUCCACAGGUAAAACGUAUAUCUAUAGUUUGAGUAUAAACGGGUUAGUGAGGGCUUUCUGUCUCUAAAUAUUAACUAUAUACUCCGGAGUUGUUCCAUACAGUGACUCCCUGCGAGUCAGAACUCAGGGUACCACUGUUGCUACCGACACCAUAACCCGGAAGUGACUCAUGAGCGACGGUUGGCUUUUAUUCAUGAAGUUCACAACGUUUCGGAUAAUUUAUUAAAACCCAAAGAGUGAUCGAGUGCGAGUUGAACGUCGCAGCGGAAAUGUUUUACCAUAUUUCUUUGGAGCAUGAAAUCUUACUACACCCGAGGUAUUUUGGCCCUAACCUCCUGAACACCGUGAAACAGAAGCUCUUCACAGAAGUGGAGGGUACAUGCACCGGCAAGUAUGGCUUCGUCAUCGCAGUCACCACUAUAGACAACAUCGGGGCGGGUGUAAUCCAGCCUGGGAGAGGGUUUGUCCUCUACCCGGUCAAAUACAAGGCCAUUGUGUUCCGCCCAUUUAAAGGGGAGGUGGUUGAUGCUGUGGUCACUCAGGUUAACAAGGUUGGCUUGUUCACAGAAAUUGGUCCCAUGUCUUGCUUCAUCUCUCGCCAUUCCAUCCCCUCAGAAAUGGAGUUUGACCCCAACUCCAAUCCUCCUUGUUAUAAGACUGUUGAUGAGGACAUUGUAAUCCAGCAAGAUGAUGAGAUUCGGCUAAAGAUUGUGGGAACAAGAGUGGACAAGAAUGACAUUUUCGCCAUUGGAUCUCUCAUGGAUGAUUAUCUGGGUCUUGUGAGCUGAUUCGCCCCAGAGAGAGCACAUUUCACGUGGGACAUUUUAUGUAGUAGUUUAGUUACUUUUUUGUGUAAAAUGAAUAUUUUUCUACACUGAUUGACAUGGUGUGGUCGUAGCAACAUCGUUUUAUUAUCGUGCUGCACAGCCUACAUUUGUUUUAAUGGGAAUGGGUGCAAGAUGGCAUACAAUGCAUCAGUAGCACAUAAUGAUUUACCAAUUUUUUCAUGUAUAAUUCACAGUGUCUAUCUCAAAUAUUGUUUUGUGUUUUUUGUACACAGGCUGUAAUAAAGUAUUAGUUGUUAAA